CUCUGGACCUCCACUUCACCCUCUUACAUUACCUAGUAAUCACAUCAUCGACUCCCAGUAUCUCCCGGCGUUGCACGACCUCAUCGGUUGCCUGAACACCAUGUUUCGCAAACUCUUCCAUUCUGCCAAACUCAUCAGCGCACACUCUGCCCGCUUCUGCGCUGUUUUAUGCACCUUGUUGCUCGCUGCGGGCCCGCUUUCUGCCGUGGGCGCACAGUCAGCACCAUCGAUUGACGGCAGCCAAAUUGUGUGCACACCGGCGCGCGGCUUCAAUUCCACCGCGACCGUCUCCAUCUCGUGGGCAAAUGCGGUCAUCGGCGUCGAUUUUGCCACUGCCACGUUCGGCCUGUCCUUCUCUGUCGGCUCUGAUACCUCCACACUGAUCAACGUCGCGAUCGAUCCAUUUCCAAGAAACUCGAACGUCACGGUGGGCCAUUUGGUGCCCUUCACGGCCUACAGCUUUACACUGAGCGUUAGUAUUCCUUCGGCCGACCCCGCCGACCCUCCGAGCUCCAGCGAGGUCACCUGGUCCACCACAACACUCAGCGAUGCACCAAUCUGGCCAAGCGGCGCAGCCAACCUGACUCUUGACACCUCCAGUCUGACCGAUUCCUCGAUGGAUUUAUCCUGGCCUGCACCCGCGAGCGCGUCGGGACCGACACCGCUUGCCUACUGGCUCACGUACGCGACGAACGACCCGAAUCCCGUCGGUCAAGGCCCUUUCCAGUUGCUCUUUGACCAAUCUACGCAGAAAGCCUCCAUUACUGGUCUCGCGCCUGGGGCUCGCUACCGCUUCAACCUCACGUGCUCAAACGCGGACGCAUCGGCUUCCGCAUCGUCCCGCCUCACCGUGGCCGUUCGUACCCUUCCUGGACCAAUCAUCUGGGGCGCAACACCUCCAGUGUACACGACGGUCGUUGCGAACAGCACGGUGCUGGUCGUCUCGUGGAAGGCGCCGCAGUAUGUUCAGGACGCAUCCGCCACCUACGCUGUCGUUGUCACCAGGGUCGACGACCCAGCCGCAGGGCCAUACAAUGUUGCCGUCAACUCGACUCUCCGCACAGCCACCAUUUCCGGCCUUGCUCCGUUCACCCUGUAUCGCAUCAAUGUUUCGGCGAGCAACAGCUUCUCUCCCGAUUGGUACACGGCACCUGCCACCUAUCUCACAUCCACCAAGCCCGGCGUGCCAGCGUUUGCACCUUCCACUGUACUCGAUGCCACAACCGUGUCCGACCUGAGUGUCCAGCUUGACUGGGCUCCAGGCUUGGCGGUUGUCAACGACGAUCCCAGCCAAGUCCGCUUCCAAUUGGUUCGCAUGCCUGAGGCAACCGUCGUGUUAAAGUUCGAUCAGUCGACGCCGCAGAUGACCUCGUUUGUCGACUCUACCGUCGAGGCUGGGCGCAACUACACCUACGUCCUCACCGCCCAGAAUUCCGCCAAGCUCGACACCCCCACCCCAUUCCCGACACUCACCUCGCAGGUCGUCGCCAUCAAGCACGCAGUCACCACUCCCGAGUCGAACAGCGAGAGCAAGACGCUUCUGAUUGCACUGUUGGUCACUGGUGGCGUGAUCAUCAUGGGAGCAAUCAUUGGUCUUGUCGUGUUUUUGCGCUCCCGCUCACGCAACAACCACUCGCACAAGCGACGUGACAUGCGCCGUCAGAUGAUCCAAGUCGUCCGAGAUGAAAACGGCGUUACCAUCAAUGCCUCACCUCUCCCAGUUCAAAGAUCCACAUCCACAGGAGUGCCCAUCGGCACGAUUCAAGUGUCGGAAUCCACCCCAUCGAGCACCACCAUUUUGCCCAUGAAACGCGUUACCCGUUCCGACUCGUUCUCUGGCCGCCAAACCCCGCGCGACUUUGACGAGCACGGCUAUGUCCGGCCCAUCAUGCCGCCCACACGCCGUCCGUCCUCUCCACUUCCUCCGUUGCCGCGUGGAGCAACCUUGUCGACGUUGCUAGAAUCGUCCGAAAGUGUCGGUCCAGCCCAUUUCCCGAGCACCGAAGCAUUGAAUCUGAGCUCGUUGCAGUCUCCAUCCAAGCUGCAGGCGCAGGCAUCUGCGUCCAGCGACUCGCGUGGGUCCGUACUGCAGUCAUUGGGUGGCUUGCCUGCAGCCAUGGCGAACAGGCUUCGCGUUCAGCGAUCCAUGUCCCUGAAGACCAGCAGCGAGUUCUCGCCCUCAUCGCACGCGUUGCUCGGUAGCUUGGAUGCCGCUCAAAAGUCUGCUGACGACCUGAGUGCUCCCGAAAGCAGUCCUCCACGCCAGCGCCGAACGUCAUUCCCGGUUGUCUCGACGACGGCGGGUGAUUUGCUUCGGGGCAACAGCGCCAUGACGGACGACCUCGCGAUUUUGCCGGCCGCCAAGCUUGCAGGCGAGUACAUUAGCUUUUCCAACUCGCCGUCUGCGCGCGAGCGGACUGCUUCGCCACGGCCCGCCAGUACCUCAGCCCGCUCUCUGAGGGAGACGCAUCGUCAUUCGCUCGCCGGGGAACACGUGUACUCGAGCCCGCAAGAAUACAGCGAGCCACAAAAUGCCCUGCGCAAGUUCUCGCAAGACUCAAGCCUGGUGCAUGCGCACAAUCACCUGUUUGGCAGUUCGGGCAAUGGCAAGUCGGUGGCGUCGCCGUUGCUCACCUUGUCCCGUCGGCACGGCCGCGUCGACCGCUCUCAAGUCCUCUUCACGGGUGUUCUCGGCGAAGGGUUUUCCUCGCAUGUGCUGCUUGGAGUGGCGCCUGCAUUCUGGCUUUCGAUGCGAUCUAGGAAUGGCACGGUUCGUCACUCGUCGUCCUUGCACUCUCGCGCCAGCGUAUCCAAGGCACUGUCUUCGCGCCACAGCACGCUGUCGCCACAAACUGCCACCGACUUGACCACCAGUCAAAGCGCCGAUUCCGCCUCUGGUGAGGCUGUCGAUGUGCCCCCGGGAUUUCUGCCUGCUGCGGAGAAGAUUCGGGUCGCCGUCAAGGUCCUCAAGUCCACAGUCGACGGCGACAAUGUUCACUGCCAGCAUCUUGCCAACGAGGCGCGGCUCCUUCAACGACUCAAUCACAAGAACAUCAUCCGAGUCAUCACCUACUUUGGCGAGGCCAAGCCUGCCAUGCUGGUACUCGAGUAUCUGCCCUACUUUGAUCUCGCGUCGCUCUUGCAUCGUGGGCGGACAGCCACUCCAGAACCCAUCGUUCCGACGACCAAAGAGUCACUGCACGUCCUCUCACAAAUUGCCUCGGCCCUUGUCUUUUUGAGUGAGCAUCACAUUGUUCACCGCGACGUAGCGGCUCGAAACUGCCUGGUGGGCACGGCGCUGAACGUCAAGCUGAGUGAUUUUGGUCUUGCGACCACCCUUCCGGUUGACACGGAGCUCAUGGAAGUUCCGAACGAUGCUUCGGUUCCGAUUCGGUGGACUCCGCCGGAAACGCUGCUCUACUCGCAAAUUGCAGUGACAUCGGAUGUUUGGCAGUUUGGCGUCUUGUGCCACGAGCUGUUUUCCGGUGGCCAAGUGCCGUACAGCAAUGUCGCAACGGAGGACAUUGUUCCGUUGCUCGAGUCUGGCGAACGUCUUGCAAAGAGUUCACGAUGCCCCGAUCCUCUGUACGAGCUCAUGCUCUCAAUGUGGGAAUGGGAUCCGCUGACGCGCGCUUCCAUGCACGAAGUAGCAGGAGAGCUGGAUGCCCUGCUUGCCCUGCCCAGUCUUGAACACGAGUCCAUUCGCGAUAUCGGAGCCAUGCUCGUUCGCCGACCAAGCAACGCCGCUAUCGAACAGACUUUGGACGCCGCUGUUUCCGACUCCAACUUGACCAACCUCUCUCCAUCUGUCUCCAUCACCAUUGAUGACGAUUCUGCUUGCUCUGCUCCUGCCUUGGACCCGUACAAAACCUUCUACUCUGAUUCUUAAAGCGCGAAAAGCCGACAAGCAACAUGUCAUUCGCGCUAGCUGCUCGCUGUUAUUUUGACUGAUGGCGUCUUUUGUUUCAAAUAAUGCAUGUUUUA